UGCCCGUCUCGUUCCAUCCCUCUACUCCCCUUUGCAACCAAGCUUCUCAUAGGCCACUGACCACACUUCCUUCCAUCCUCCUAACCUGUGGCAUCAUCACUGCCGGCCAACCUAGCAGGUGGAGUUGCUAUAGGUUUCUUCUAGCUGCAUCUUUAGCUCUAGCCAGUCUGAUCAAAGAAGGUACACACAAGGCAAAGCUAGCUUAGCUUCGCUUCAACAUCACUCCAGGCUAGAAGCUUCGCUUCUCUUUAACCUCUCAUCACUACAUACUUUCUGGCUGUAACGAUCGAGAUGGUCGGAUGGCCAUGAGCAAAUCCCCUCUCCGAGCAUUCCUCGUGGCCAUGGUUCUUAGCUUCCUCCUCGGAGCUGCAACAUGCAGCCGCACCACGACGACCCUCUCCUCUUUCCAGAACUUGGCGGAGGACAAGUCGCGGCUGGGGUCGACGCCGCCGAGCUGCCAUAACCGGUGCAACGCCUGCAACCCCUGCAAGCCCAUCCAGGUGGCCACGACGCUCCCCUCGGGUUCUAGCCGGCCGUCGACGUCCCGCAGCGCCGCCGACGAGGCCGCCGCCUACGCGCAGUACUCCAACUACAAGCCGCUCGGGUGGAAAUGCCGCUGCGCCGGCCGCCUCUACAACCCCUAGCUAGAUCGUCCAAGUAGAUAGUCGCUUACAUUCCUUGACGGCGGCGUGGCCUCACCCUGAGAACGCUGCGCCGCUAUGCUGUCAUGGCUGCAAGUGUUGGCGAUACCAACAACUUCUGGUCUUGUUUUGGUUAAUUACUCAUCAGCUUCCGUUGCUCGAGCUCGAUUGAUAUCUCGUGUACCGUCUUGCACACUUAGCGAUUCCUAGCUAUUACCCCUUCUUUUUGCUACGCU